GUUUUAUGUAAGUGUAUAAUCUAUGGUUUUAUGUACCGUACCGUAGUACCGUAUCGAAAAUACAUAGAAACUACUCAAAAUACAUCUAUCCACAGUAUUAAUAACAUAAUUGCAUUAAAGUUAUGGUUGUAAAUUACAUACCCCGCGUAACACAGCUGGACGCUGUAAGCUUAGAUAUUCAAGUGGAAGAACUUAUAAAAGAAUUGUUCUUGCAGGCGACAAAGUUUAUUGAGCCACGGUAUAUACAACCUUUUUUACCUGAGAUUGAAUUGUUGAUAAGGACAUGGAUCUUCAAGCAUUCAGUGUAUGACAAAAAAUACACAUUUGGGCAAGAAAUAUUAUCAGUACAAUAUUCAACAUUGAAUUUUACAAAGAGUAAAUUGUGCUGGUAUUAUGGUUACACCAUUGGUUUAAAAUAUUUAAAGGAAAGAGGCAUAUUUAGUUUGACAUCUAACACAAAAGUACAAAAUUUCAUACAAAAUGUUGAAAAAAUUCAGUUAUUCAGUGAAGUACUAAAUUUUCUAAGGUUUAUACAAAGUGGAAAACAUCCUUUACUAAUAGACUUCAUUUUAGGCUUAGAGCUAAUAGGUGUUAAUCAAACAAGAGAAGAUUUGACAGAUUUUUCUUGGACUCGAGAACUUCUAUGGCAUAAUUUGAUUGAACUUUUUGGCACUGGAAUAUCACUUUUUAAUAUAAUUGGUUUAAAGCAAAGGCUCUCAAAGUUUUUGAAAUAUGUAUGGUGGAACAAACCUGUGCAUACAUUUAGUCAACCUGGAGCUCCAAAUAUGACUUUGAGUACUGUGUGUGCUUGUUGCUCAAACAAACCAGUAUUGCCUCAUACUAUGGGAUGCAGUCAUAUUUUUUGUUAUUACUGUUUGGUGGCAAACAAAACUAUGGAUCAAGAUUAUGCAUGUCCUAAAUGCUACCACGUAGGAAAAAAUGUUGCCAAACUUACAGCUUCCUAAUGAUGUGAUUAAAUUAUUAAUGAGAGACCUAAAUUAGUGUCGUUAAUAAAUUGGUGCUGUGAUUUUUCAUAAAAAAAUAUUUAUUUUGAAAAUUAAAGAAAAAAGAUUACAAAAUAUGUUAAAAA